AUGAAGACGUACACUACUCUCACUCUUUCCGCUCUAAUCGUGGCGUCCACGAUAAACUCGGCUUCAGCCUUGCAAAAAUACUGUAAGGACAUUCCAAACGCUGAGAACCUUUGCGAUAAGAAGUUGGGACAUGACGAUGGCGAUGCCAAUAAUGCGCUUGGUACUGCUUUUGGGGGUGCUGGUCACAUGUGGACGGAAGAGGUGUGUAACACACCGUUUGAUAAAGCAAACCCAAAGAUCACAAGCGGUGCUGUUUUGGGCGAUCCGUGCUGCAAGUGGAAGAAGGGCGACACACCUCAAUUUCCACUAACCACGUUUGAUCCAUCAAAACCAACGGUGUGUCCUACUGGUGGCGACGACGGUGGAGACAGCGGCAAGGGAAAUGGGCAGACUGACCCAACCAACACCAAGGGUGAGCUCCCCGAGACCUCUGAAACUACCAACACCAAGGAAGAGGCGACUGACUUAACCAACACCAAGGGUGAGCUCUCCGGGGGAAAUACCCCUGAGAUUCCCCCGUCCGAGACAUCUCCGGCUCAAGCGAAUCCUUCCACUUCGCCUACCGAGACUCCCCAGGCCGAAACGAAUACGAAGGAAGAGUCCCCCGAGACUCCCAAGUCCGAGGCAUCUCCGACUCAAGAGAAUGCUUCCACUCCACCUACCGCAGGCCGUGGUUGCGCUGCUAAGGGUGCUCGCAAGCUACGUUCGUAA